GUCGUCUGUUCUCAGGAAAGCUCGGAACCCCUCCAGGGAAACGGUAGCGACCAGUGGAAUUCCCAGGCUCAGCGGUACCGCAGCGUCUACUUGCUGAGUCCGGCCGAAUACAACCACACCGGAUACUACACCUGCUGCCACCGAGGGACCGACUGCCGCUCUCCGGAAGACGCUACCUCCGUCUACCUCUUCGUCAACGAUGCAGAUAACGUUUUCGUCAAGUCCAUAUUCAUCAUUCCGGUUCACCACGGCCAAAAGACCGUCCUGCCUUGUCGCCCCACCUUUUCCAAUUUGAACGUCACACUGUGGAAAGAUUCCGAAUACGUGCCCAUGACCGAAGAUAUAUUGUACGAUCCUAGAGAAGGUUUCGUUUUAAAUUUCCCCACCAUAUUUUUUAACGACAAGUUUUAUUGCAAAGCCCAACACGAAAAUGUCACCCACGAAGUAAUCGUUCAUCUGAUUUACUUUGACGAACCUUCCCCGUUGGAGCCAUAUAUAGAACCAAAUAAAAGUACAAAGUUCGCGUUAGUAAACAGUUCGUUUUCUUUGAAUUGUUCGGUAAGAGUAGACUUGGGAACCAUCGUUUUUGCGGAAUGGAAUUAUCCAAACAAGCGUACGUCGAAUGAUCGAAUAGAAGAAAAAAGUUCUUACGUAGAAGAAAAAGUAAACCAACAAAAUUUUAAGUAUAGAUUUGUAACGAAGGAAUUAGUGGUACGCAAUGUCCAAUUAAAUGAUAGUGGAGAUUACGAGUGCAUACUUACGGAUCAUUCCAAGAAAAAAUAUAAAACUCACAAAACGAUACAAGUUUAUGAAUUAACUGAGAAACCUUACCUGAAUUUAAUCAAUAAAAUUGAAAAAGCAAUUGAGAGGAAAAAAUCAAAAGAUGUUUUCUUUUCUGUCUGUAUUCAAUCAUUUCCUUACUUUGAAAACAUUGAUAUGAAUUGGACCAAGGAUGGAAAACCACUUCCGCCGGAUAAACGUUUUGAAAUAAGUCUAAAAGAUUUUUGUGUCGGCUUGAAAAUAACAUCUUUAAGAAUUACGGAUGAUGGCGUAUACACAUUAAUUGCAACUGCUGGAAAUAUUACAAAUAGCACGUCUGUAACCUUACAUAUAUUAGGUAAACCAGAAAUCACAAUUACUGGCAAUGAAAAAAUGUAUUUAUUAAAUCGUACAUAUGAAAUACAUUGUAAUACAAAAGGAUAUCCACUUCCAAACGUUUGGUGGCGAUGGAAGAAGAGUGACGAUCCCAAAAAUUUCAGUGAAGUGAAUGAUAAGGCAGGAUGGAUCGACGUAGAAUUAGGGAAAAAUCUACCCAACAUAAUAAAUACGACAAUGUUAAAAAAUGGAAAUAUUUUAAUUGUUGUUGGAAAUCAGUCGGGAUAUUAUCGAUGCAAAGCUAAUAACGAUAUGGGAGAAAGUGAAGAAACUAUAUCUUUUUUCGUUACAGAUGCAAGACAAGGUUUUGAAGUAAUUAUAUCUAAUGAAAAUCCAGUUGAAAUGGAUGAAGUUCAGAUGACUUGUAAGGCCAGCAGUUACCAUUAUAAAGAAGUCUUUUGGAUUUGGAAAUAUAUGAAUAAUGAGAUUCAACUUGGUACAAAUAGCAGUUUAGAUUUGGAAGUUAUUCAUGAAAGCACAGUUUAUUCUGAAGUAGAAAUUCUAAACUUCAAUGCUAUAACUUUUCAAAAUAAUGGCACUUACAUAUGUAUUGCUGCUCCAAGAAAUAAAACUUUUAUGAAUGAAACAAAAGUUAUUCAUUUGGAAGUAAGAGGUAUCGAGAAGCCGUCAUUCGUAAAAACAAACAUGAAUAAAACAAUGAUAUCGGUUCCGAAUACAAUGCAUUAUGAAUUUCUUUGCUACGUGGAAGGUGUUCCGUUUCCAAAAAUUACUUGGUAUAAAGACGGAGACGUAUUUGACGAUUCAAAUAUAUCGGGAGUUGAAUUGACCGAUAAUUUUCAAAAGCUUACCAUAAACAGAGUGGUGGAAAGAGAUGCUGGCACGUAUCGUUGUGAGGCCGAAAAUAAAGGAGGAAUUAUAUUUGAAGAAAGUACAUUACACGUUAAAAAAGAAGAACUUCGUUUAUCUCAGAAGAUGACUAUUACUGAGCUCUCUAUCAUAAUUUUUGUUAUAAUACUCGUUUUAGUUUUAUUUUUUUUGACUUUCAUGUUAAUAAAGAAAGUUUGCAGAGAAAAGAAAGAAAAAAAAGAAAUGGAAUUCUUAAGUAAAGUAUUGUUUGAUAAAGGCCAAAUAGAAAUGUUUAAUCCUGAAAUGUCUUUAGAAGAUCAAGUUGAAUUAUUGCCUUAUGAUCACAGAUGGGAAUUUCCCAAAGAGCGUUUAAAAUUAGGAAAGACCUUAGGACAAGGUGCCUUUGGAAGAGUAGUGAAAGCAGAAGCAAUAGGAAUUGAAGAUGGUGAAACAUCUACUACUGUUGCUGUGAAAAUGCUUAAAGAAAGAGCUGAUGUCCAUCAAAGAAAAGCACUCAUGGCAGAAUUGAAAAUAUUAAUUCAUCUAGGGCGUCACUUGAACAUAGUCAACCUUCUUGGAGCAGUGACUAAAAAUGUCAUUAAAGGAGAGCUCAUGGUUAUUGUUGAAUAUUGCUGUUAUGGUAAUCUCAGGCAUUACCUUCUUCAAAAACAAAAUAAUUUUAUUAAUCAACUAGAUCCUACAACAGAUACAGUUGAUCCCACAGCAAAUAGUCUACCUGGUUCACCUGGAAUUGAAAAUAUUGAAAAACUAGCUGCAGUUUACGAAAGUGCUUUUUCGUCAGGAAUGAUAAACUCAAAUCAAAGAAAUCAAUCUAUCCAAUAUGUACAAAUUUUACAUCGACAAAGAAGUUAUCAAAAUGAAUCGGAUUCUUCAGGAACAAUGAAAACGAUUACGACUAAAGUAUCAGAAAGUGGUUCUGGAGAUACAAAUCAAGUUGGAAUUAUUGUGAGUGGCUCAGAAUGUAGAGAUACUGCAGAUAUAAUUAGUCAGCCGGUAACAACUUGUGACUUAUUGUGCUUUGCAUUUCAAGCAGCUCGAGGAAUGGAAUAUCUCUCAUCCAAAAAGGUAAUAGAAUGAAUUAUUUUUUAAAAAUUUUUUCAUUCAAGAAUUAAUGGUAUUUGUUUAUAUACAGGGUGUAUC